CUUAUAGCUGCUAUACUUGAUACUACAGAUCCACAUAUAGCAUGUAAAAAUUACGUUACCGAUUACUUUCUGUUGACCGGCAGGAUGCAGCGUCCACCCCCAUAUUCGCCCAUAUUUCUGCGGGCGACGGCUCGAAACUUGGUCGUCCCCCACAUCGUCCUCUACCUAGUCCUACCAAAAGACUCGGCGAUUAUCAUAAGGAGCCUGCUCUACGCGAUCGCUCCUCUGGUAGUCUAUAGCUGCCAUGUAUACUUGAGGACUCUUUACUUUCGCUACCGAGCAAGCCUCGUGUCCGCGGUCAUGAUACCCGUAGUGGAACCAGCUUUCAAGCCUAGGGGAUCAGCCUGGCUCAAUCGUUUCGGUCGUAUCGGCAACGUGGAUUUGAUGCUAGCCUGGGACCGGGAGGGCAAGGAAGGUUAUCUCGGAGAAGGGAUGGUACGGUCUGCUCUCGAAGGAGCUGGAGGAACCGUCAACACCAAGAUCCUGGGUGAAGACAGUAUGAUAACCAGUAAUCCGGAACACAUCCACCAGAUCCUCUCGAGCUCGUUCGAGAGCUUUCCCAAGGGUUCAAAAUUCAUGGAGCGAGCAAAAGGACUGUUCGGACCGCGAGGUGUCUUCGUCGGCGAUGGCGCAGACUGGAAAUUCCAUCGAUCAUUCACUCGACCGUUCUUCUCUCGCACCAACUCUUCGCUUUACGAUCCAGUCGCCACCCUCGAGCCACAUACCGAGAAGCUCAUGGAUCUCAUUAUGGGGACUGCUGGCGACUCAAACCGCCGCGUAUGCGAUGAGAUAGAACGCAAUGCCAGUUCAGAGACGCGACCCGGUAAUCCGGUCGACGUACAAUCCCUCUUUCUCACCUAUACUCUGGACGUCGCAAGCGAAUUCUUCUUUGGCCACUGCGUUGGCGGGCUCGACAAGCUCGUCCAGCAGUGUGACGGAGCCUCAGCCGAAGCCAACGCUGAUAUAGUCGAGAACGACAUUACGGGAGAAGAGCUUACGAAGGCAUUUGCAGAAGCGCAAGAAGUCCUGGCUAAGCGGAUCAAAAUGGGCACACCGUGGGCGCUAUUUGAAUUGUGGGGCAACAAGAUGACGCCACCCGUCGAGACGGUCAAGAAGUUCAUACGACCCCUGGUCGAUAAAGCGUACAAACGACAAAGUACGCGGCCGGCUGCGAACGCUAUCAAGCCGAGAGGCUCCUUACUAGAUCAUCUGAUCAAUAGUCUGGAUAGUCGAGAAGCGAUCGAGGAUGAACUGAUUAACAUUCUCGUCGCCGCAAGAGAUACUACUGCCUCGGCAUUGACCUUUUGCAUCUACUGUAUGACACUGUACCCAGACGUUAUGGAGCAAUUGCGAGCAGAAGUUCGAAAACAGCCAGGCGGUCACGUGCGGAGCAAUAGCGACCUGAAAGAUUUGAAAUAUAUGCACUGUUUUAUCUCAGAAGUCUUGCGGCUCUAUCCCCCAGUGCCGAUGAAUAUUCGACGAUCCGCCACCGAAGUUGUUUUGAAAGGCUCUCCGCCGCUCUAUAUGCCCGCGCAUACCUCUAUCAUUCUGGCUACGCUUCUCAUGCAGAGAUCCAAGGCUGUCUGGGGCGAGGACGCCGAGGAGUUCAAGCCCGAGAGGUGGCAGACAGGCGAGGGCUAUGACCAAUUCAAGAACGGCGGGUCAAUCCCCUUCUCUACCGGACCGAGGACGUGCCUCGGCCAAAACUUUGCCCUCAUGCAAAUCAAAUAUGUUCUCGCUCGCCUCUUAAAAGCGUUGGAUAACUCUUCAGAUGCCGGUGAAAAAGCGACUGAAUCUCGAACUAUCGUUCCCGUGAAGUCUGGCACGAGCGCUGGGGCUCCUCCGCCGGUGGCUUGGUCGUUCUUGAAAGGUCGAGGUCGAGAGGAACAAGCCUGGGUAAUGAGCGACUUGACGCUCCAGGUCAAGGGAGGGUUGUGGAUUAGGAUCCUGGCAGCACCGGAUACGACUCAUACACAGGAUACUAUUUGAACAUCCAACAUAGCUGUGGAUAGUGACAGCUUUUUGUCAUACCCCAUAUAUCCCUCUGCAACCUUCAUACUUGUCGCAAGCAGUGCGGAUCGUUUGAGGCCGAGAUCGACGUUUCAUCAGUACGAUCGACGGAGGCGCAUAGCAGUCCAUUGUGCGAUGUUGAACGGCGACAAUCUCCGUUGCCAACUAUGUCCGAUCGAGUUAGGAAGGCCAACAAUGCGAGCUCCCUCGCUGGCCAUCACAAUGGUCUUGAAGGCAGACGGCUCGGAUAUAGCGUAUGUAGGGGAAUAUGAAGGAAACACAUCUCGAGACACUGACAGCCGUCACGCUGCUGGAGAACGCGUUGGGAGAACGUAUUAUGCCAUCGUUGUAGCCCUAGCAAGCCUUAACCGCUGUACAGAAACUUCGACAAGCCCUAACACCGUCC